AUGGCUCUCACCCCGUCACGAAGCCUAUAUAGAGGCUUCACAUGGCUACAGCAAAGCUACGUCUGUCCACAAUGCCGCCGCUACGCCACCCCUUCGACUCCAUCACUACCCUCAGCACCUCCGCUCCUCCUCAAGCUCCGCAAAGACCUCAAGACCGCCAUGCAAGAAAAGGACAAGCCCCGCCUGAACGUCCUCCGCAACGUCCUAGCUGAAGUAACCAAUGCCGCCAAGACAAACAGUCCCAUCAAGACGGACAUGCAACUAUUGUCAUUACUCCGCAAACGAGCCGCAGCCGCCAAGACUGCCAGCGAAGAGUUCAAGUCAGCAGGCAGGCAAGAUCUGGUGGAGCAGGAGGAGAAGCAGGCGGAAAUCAUGGAGGAGUAUGCCGGGAGUGUGCAGACGAUGGGGAUGGAGCAGAUUAAGGAGGCGGUGAGCGGUGUGGUUGAAGAAAUGAAGGCUGCGGCGAGCGGGAAGGCUGUGAAUAUGGGCGAUGUGUUGAAAAAGCUUCUGGCGCCUGGUGGCAGUUUGGAUGGGAAGGCGGUGGAGCGGAGCGAGGUGGCGAGGAUGGUGAAGGAGGCUGUCGGGACAGGAAAGUGA